GCGGAGGCAGAGCGGCGCGGUGGCGGCGGCGGCGGCGGCUGCUCGGCCAGCACUCCGGGCCCCCGCCAUUUCCGACUGGGCGCGAGCGCGGUGCGGGCACUGAAGGCGGCGGCGGGGGCCAGAGGCGCGGCGGCUCCCAGGUGCGGGAGCGAGGCCUGCUGAAAAUGACUGAAUAUAAACUUGUGGUAGUUGGAGCUGGUGGCGUAGGCAAGAGUGCCUUGACGAUACAGCUAAUUCAGAAUCACUUUGUGGAUGAAUAUGAUCCUACAAUAGAGGAUUCCUACAGGAAACAAGUAGUAAUUGAUGGAGAAACCUGUCUCUUGGAUAUUCUCGACACAGCAGGUCAAGAGGAGUACAGUGCAAUGAGGGACCAGUACAUGAGGACUGGGGAGGGCUUUCUUUGUGUAUUUGCCAUAAAUAAUACUAAAUCAUUUGAAGAUAUUCACCAUUAUAGAGAACAAAUAAAAAGAGUUAAAGACUCUGAAGAUGUACCUAUGGUCCUAGUAGGAAAUAAAUGUGAUUUGCCUUCUAGAACAGUAGACACAAAACAGGCUCAGGACUUAGCAAGAAGUUACGGAAUUCCUUUUAUUGAAACAUCAGCAAAGACAAGACAGAGAGUGGAGGAUGCUUUUUAUACAUUGGUGAGAGAGAUCCGACAAUACAGAUUGAAAAAAAUCAGCAAAGAAGAAAAGACUCCUGGCUGUGUGAAAAUUAAAAAAUGCAUUAUAAUGGGUGUUGAUGAUGCCUUCUAUACAUUAGUUCGAGAAAUUCGAAAACAUAAAGAAAAGAUGAGCAAAGAUGGUAAAAAGAAGAAAAAGAAGUCAAAGACAAAGUGUAUAAUUAUGUAAAUACAAUUUGUACUUUUUUCUUAAGGUAUACUUAAGUGAUAAUUUUUGUAUAUUACACUAAAUUAUUAGCAUUUGUUUAACUUUAGCAUUACCUAACUUUUUUUUUCUGCUCCAUUCAAACUAUUAGCUUUUAUCUUGAAUGCUUAUUUUAAAAUGACAGUGGAAACUUUUUUUUCUCUAAGUGCCAGUAUUCCCUGAGUUUUGGUUUUUGAACUAGCAAUGCCUGUGAAAAAGAAACUGAAUACCUAAGAUUUCUUUCUUGGGGUUUUUGGUGCAUGCAGUUGAUUACUUCCUAUUUUUCUUACCAAUUGUGAACUUCAAUGUGAAACAAAUUAAUGAAGCUUUUAAACCCUCCCUAUUCUGUGUUUUCACUAGUCACCUACAUGGAUUAAUUACUAAUUUUAACUUCAAUUGAGAUUUCAUGAUUGGUUUUGCCAGAACAUUAAGGGAACACGAAUUUCUGAGCUUCCUGUAGAUUCAUCUUGUAGCCAUCAUGUCCUGUAGUUUCAGUUGCCGUUACUUAAUGUAAAUGUACACUGUUCACAAAGGCUUUCUUCCUCUUUCACUGCUAUUUGUCAUAGUCAUGUUCCCAAAAAUAAUAUAUUUUUUCUAUAAAAGGGGAAAAAAGGAAAAAAAGACAAGGCAAUGGAAAAUAUUAAAAGGCUAUUUACUGUCCACAUUAGAUAAACUCCUAUAAUACUCUUAAUAGCUUUUCCUGUUAAUGCAGACCCAGUAUGUAAUGAGGAUUCUAGCAACCAUUUGGGGGUAUAUUUACAUGCUACUAAAUUUUUGUAAUAAUUUUAAAAAAUUUUAACGUGUAUAAAAAUUCUCGUAGGAAUUAAAUAUAGUCUCCCUGUGUCAGAGUGCUCUUUCCUACCAUAACUUUCAAUAAACCUUUUCUUGAACUUCAGUCUUUAAAAAUAAUUUUAAUUCUGGUAGUGAUAUUAAAGAUUAUUUGAGUCAGUUAGAGUAGGUGUUAAAGAGACCAAGUUGAAGUCCAGGCCCUGUGUGAACCCCUGAGCUCCAUUGUGAGUUUCACAGUAUGGAGUGCAUCCCUAUGGUCUCCCCGUGUUGUCAAGCAUUGGUUGGUCAAAAAAUGGGGACUGGAAGAGAUGUGGCUAGCUCAGCAAGAUACGUUCUCACUAUGUGGUGGUUCUGCUGACAGAUCAGGAACAUAACUUAAAAAUAACAACAGAACUUAAAUUAUAUGUAUAUAUUUUAAAUGAGGUUUGGGGGAUGGGGCAAAACUUUAACUUUUUUAAAUAAUGAAGGGAAAAAGUUUCAAAGUCUCUAGUAUUGUCUAGUUCUCUUAACAUGCUAAAGUAACAUUUCAUAAACACUUUACAAGUCUGGUCCAUUUUUGUUUAAAGAAUAAGGUUUAAAAAUAGAUAAAUUAACAAAAUGAUUCUUUCAGUGCAUUUAAAAUGUUGCUUAUUUUAAGAUAUUUAAAGUGAGAUGGUACAUUUAAAGCAAGAGGUGAAAAUAUCAUUGGACUAGGAGGAAGGUGACUUAGAUUUUGGUGUCUUACAACUUUGAUUUUGGGCAGAUCACUUAUCAUUUCUUCAUGUUAAAAUAACUCAUCUCAAGGCCAUAGCUAGCCUUACAAUUAUGUGAUUUACAUUCAGUUUACAUAAAAAUAUACCUGUUUGUCAAUCUUGGCAUAAUUUUUACCUGUGUUAUUAUCUUCAAUACCAGUUUUAGGCAAUUAUGCAAGAGGUGAAGUUCAUUUUUGAAUAUCCUUUCUCCAUAUUCAAGACUUUUCCUCCCAUAUUAGUGUCAUCUUGCCUGCCUACCCUUCUAUAUGGCCAAUGACUUGAUGCUUUUAAUAUAUCUAAUUCCCCCUAACCUCAAGAUUUAUUGCUGUUUUGGGUAUCUCCUUGAAGGCUUCAGAUCAAGUCACAUCAGAAUGCCUUACAUCUUAUUUGCUCAAGCUCAACAUAAUCUGACAGAUACUACAGUGGGAUUUGACCUAAUGGCUAAUUUUUGAGGUGGUUGUAGCAAUUUAAUCUUUAACCUUUGAAUAUCAUGUUUGCUGACUGGUCCAUUAGUGACUAUGUAGGAAUUUUCAUACCUGCUAUGAGUAGACAGAACCCUAUCCAAUGGAAGAAGAAUUUAAUAAAGGUAGUGCUGAAAGAAUUCCUUAGAUAAUCUGUAAUUAGGACUGUGCUGAAAGAAUUCCUUAGAUAAUUUAUCAUUAGGAUUAACUCUGGUAACAGUGACACAUUGCAUUGUUUUAAUAACUAAAAUCUUACAGUGAAAAAUACUUCAAAAUUUAAUUUAUAAAGCUUUUUAGCGUGGUUCAUUUAUUCAACAUAUUUGAGUGCCUUCUAAAUGCCAGGCACUACACAAGGCACCGAGGAUAUUAUGGUAAAAGGGACAUAAUCUUUAUGCUAAAGUAGUCUUUAUAUUCUAGAGUGGUUUGUAAUCUUUGUAAGGCGUUUGGCACAUGACCCAGAAAUAACCAUGCAUAUUUUAGUUUUGUAGGGAAGGGAGUCGGUCUCUUGAAAUUUCUUCCAUUUUUGGAAUAAUUAUUUUGCUCUGAUUCCAGUGUAACUGUUUAAUCAAGCUACUUUAUAUAAAUCAUUUUUCAUUGUUUUAAAGGAGUAAGCUUGAUUAUAUAUUUUUAUUUGGCAUAAUUGUGUGACUCUGUUGGGACAAUUAUAGUAUACAUUAAGUUGUAUGUAAUAAUAUUAAAAUCCCCAAGUGUGUAAUAUUCUGGUUGGUCUCUUUGUGUAAGUAAUUAAAAUAGACUUUAAAAUUAAUAAUGAAUUCUGAAAUAGCUAUGUUUAUUUAAGGACGAUUAAACAUAUGCCUGAACUAAUGGACAGAAAAGGACAUUUCUGUGUAAAAAUCAUUACGAUUUCUGGAAUGGUUUGCUAAACUAAGGUUCAUGGAAUAUUAUCUAGGUGGAGUGUUAAGACUUAUAUAGAACCUCCUCUUGUUUCUACCCAAGAUAAAGAAAUGGCCAUGCUUCAAGAAUAGCAGUGCAUAAUUGAGUGAGGGGAUUUUUUAGGACUCUUGAAUUUUUGAUGUAGCUGGGAAAUUUUUUUUUAAUGCAGUGGUAAUUAUCCUUUAUUAUCUAAAUUUAGAAUAAAUUGACACAGGUUUGUUUUCAUAGAGAUUUUAAAAGAGGAAAGAUGAUCCUAGGAGUAACAUAAAUGUUAUCUAAUUAUUACAGACUUAAGAUAAAGUUGAAGUUGAAAAAAUGCUAAAUUAUAGUCUUAAGACAUAAACAUGUUUGUGGAAGAAUGUAUCAGAAGUAUAUAGUAAAAUUUGAAUGAAUAUUCCCAAUUGGGAAUUCUAGGCUCUAUUUUAACUGAGUCACACUGCAUAGGAAUUUAGAACCUAACUUUUAUAGGUUAUCAAAACCUUUGCCACCAUCGCACAAUUUUGUCCUAAUAUAUAAAGAAAUCUUGUGAGGCAUGUUAAGUUGAAGUUUGCAUAAGUUCAUCUCAUUUGUAUUCCAGUUACUGUUUUUUCUUCUAGCCAUUUUUCUACACAUUGUUUUUGUAGGUAAUAAAAGCUAGUAUCAUUUACAUUUGUCCAAAAAUAAUACUUUCAUAGUAAUUAUAUAUUGCUGAUUUUUAAGAACCUAGCAGUUACUAUAAAACUGAAUUUAAUAACUUCUCUGUUAAUAUUGGGUAGCAUGAAAUCUGCUUUGAUAAAUUGAACAGCAUACAACUGGUAGCUGCAAAUUCCUUCAGAAAAUGAAAUUAUUUCUUUCUAAAGAUAUAUUCUUAACCAGUUCUUAAAAAAUAGUGAUAACUAGAUUAAUACUUAUUUUAGUUCAAUAGUUUUAAGUGCCUGUUUGGGAUGAUGCUAGGUAAUUUAGAUGAAUUUAGGGAAAACAAAAUUAUUACCUGCAGAAAUGUCAGUUACAGAGAUCGCCCCUCCCCAUAGAGUUAAAUGGGUAAUGUAAUGUUUUAUCCAAAAGUUUCCAGUUCCACUGUCUUGUGUUUUCAUGUUGAAAAUACUUUUGCAUUUUUCCUUUGAGUGCCAAUUUCUUACUAGUACUAUUUCUUAAUGUAACAUGUUUACCUGGAAUGUAUUUUAACUAUUUUUGUAUAGUGUAAACUGAAACAUGCACAUUUUGUACAUUGUGCUUUUCUUGUGGGACAUACGCAGUGUGAUCCAGUUGUUUUCCAUCAUUCGUUUGCGCUGACCUAGGAAUGUUGGUCAUAUCAAACAUUACAUUUAAAAAUGACCACUCUUUUAAUUAAAAUUAACUUUUAAAUGUUUAUAGGAGUAUGUGCUGUGAAGUGAUCUGAAACUUGUAAUAUUUUUGUCAUGAACUGUACUGCUCCUAAUUAUUGUAAUGUAAUAAAAAUAGUUAUGAUGGCUA